GUCAAUUGGACCUCAGGUGAAAUUGUUCCAAUAUAAACACCCAAAAUCUUGUUUGCCAUGGAUUGGGAGAGCUAUUUGAGUAGACUGUUUGAUUUAGAAGGAGCCAAGCUGUACGUGUCAGCCGGCAUGCCCUUUUUUAUUGGAUGCUCUCUGAUGUGCCUGUUUAUAUACGUGGUGAUGAUCAAGCAGAUUGGCCUCGUUAACAUAGUCAAUCAGGUGGGCAUGCAAGUGGGGCUGCAGCCCCUUAUAGGCCCUAAUUCACGUCGGCCAGGACGUUUGCGUAUGCAGGCCACUCCCCUGCCUUGUUACCUUCAGCUGAAAGAAUGUGCGCCGUCGGAAAUCAGUCUAAAGCACGUGCCGGUCAGCUUGAGCAGUAAGAGCGGCGCUCAGCUACAAAUGCGCGUCUUUUAUGGCGUAGACAUUGCCUUGUGUCAUCACGUCAUGGCUGGACCUUGGCCCUGGCUCAAAGACGCCUUUCUCAAUGGGCGCCCCUUUGGGCAGGACGGCUGUCUAGAUGUGUCAGAGCACUUGUCGGUCAGCUUGAGCGAGGGUGAGACGCGGGAGCUCAUUUUGCCGCGACCAAGCAGUGGCCACUGGAUGGACUUAGGCCGGAGCUCCCCGCGUAAUAAAUAUCCCAUUGUGCUGGUCAGCUUAACCGGUUUGGAUGGAGCGAAGGCGGUAGUGGCUACCUUUCAUGUUAUCCAUAUACAAGAUGAAGUGUGCACACUGCCCACCCAGAUCUUGGCUUCCUAUGUUAAGCGAGGUGCGGGACCCCUUGUGCAUUUGGACAGAAUCUUUUACUCGGACUCUUUUCAAGACGAAAGAAAUUACAAUCUGUGCGUGGUCUGCCAAGAUUUUCCGAUAUCUCGCGUGAAUUUGCCGUGCAAGCAUGCCUGCGUUUGUCAACGAUGCUUCGGCAUGAUCCGAAACCUUUGUCCCAUGUGCCGAAGCCCGAUUCAGCAUUAUUUCCUCAUCAAAGGCGAAAAUCAUAAGGCUACCUGGGUUCUACCCCAUCCAACGCAAUAGAAGACCUCAUCAGAAUAAAAGAAAAGAUUACCCCUGAUUAUGAUCUGAUAUGUACCUGCUGUUGUCGUCGUUGAUUAAAAUGUUCCCAAUGAACCAAAACGUGCGAACAAAUAAUUGUGAAUAUCUAACCAUUCCAG